UAACCAGACAUUGUUCCUCCCUUUCAGAGCCGAAGGAUGGAAGAGAGACUGGUAGAGGUAUCAAACCAAGAGGUGCGAAUAGACUUCGAAUUGGGUCUCAAAUGCCGUGCAAAUGUGAGCCUCAGGUCUCUAAGCACCACCACACCAAUAGCCUUCAAAGUCCAAACCUCAUCUCCUCACAAGUUCCUUGUAAGCCCACCUUGUGGACUCAUCCCUCCUUCUUCCCAAGCUUCCUUCCAAAUCAUUCUCAAACCCCAAACCCAACUCCCCUCCUCUUUCCCUCGCUCUCUCUCUGAUCGUUUCCUCCUCAAAACCGCUCUCGCUCCCGAUCUCUCUUCAUCCUCUGACCCAACCAUUAUAAAUUCCUGGUUCUCCUCCUCCUCCUCUUCCACACUACUCACCUCCGACUUCAAGCUCAAGGUUGCCUAUGUGGGUUUCUUUCUCCUCCGCCACGCGGUUUCCGCCGGCGACAUCUAUGUGGUCAAGCUUAUAAUUAAACGGCAGAAAUCUCUGCUCACCCACCUCUCACCUCCAGAUGCCGAGUCACUCCUCAAGUCCGCCACCGAGUCAUGUAACUCGAGUUCUAUGAUUAGUUUGCUUUUAGAAUCCGGGUUGAGUAUCAAACCGGAUAGCAUUGAAUCUGAACCGAAGUCGAGCUGGAUGGUUUACAAUGGAUGGACAGGAAUCCAUGUGGCGGCGGCAUUUGAUCGGACGGAGGAGCUGUGGAGGUUGAUAAGAAGAGAGGAAGGAGGAGGUGGUGGUGGUGGUCCGUUGGAUUUGGAUUGUAGAGAUGAGGAAGGUAGAACGCCGCUGCAUUUGGCUGCGAGUAGGGGGAACGUAGAGUGUGCCAAGUUGUUGAUAGAGGCGGGUGCAGAUAAGGAUGCUAAGAGUCAAGAUGGAAGGACAGCGUUGUACAGAGCAGCAGCCAAUGGGGACCGUCAGAUGGUGUCUUUGCUUAUCAAGAUGGGUGCUGACCCCACCACCGUCACAUCAACGGUGCAUGGUCGUUCACUACUUGAUGUGGCUCGAGAAGAGAGACAUAAACAAGUAGUAGAUAUCUUCGAAAGAGGAGAAUCAGUGUUGAGGGCAGCAAGAAAAGGGGAGCUCAGGGAUCUGGAAUUACUACUGAAUACAGGGGCCAUCACAAACUACCACGACCAAUAUGGUCUCACUGCUCUCCAUGUAGCUGCCAUCAAGGGACACAAGGAAGCUGUGUGCAUGCUCCUCAACCAUGGGAUGAUGAAGAUGAUGGACUUGGAAUGCCAGGACUUGGAAGGCCACACACCUUUACAUUUGGCCGUGGAGGGCGGCAGCUUAGAGACUGUUGAGGUUUUGAUCAACAAGGGAGCCAACCUCAACACCAAGAGCUGGAGGGGUUCGACCCCUCUCGACAUGGCUCAUGCCAUGGGACAUGAUGCCAUUUCAAAGCUACUCAUCAACAGAGGAGCCUCCCCUCCGUCGCUACCACCCUCAUCUUCGUCAUCAUCCUCAUCAAUCUUACAGUGACAAAAGAUCCCACACCCAAUCCCACCAAGCCGAUGAUGACCCUUCCAAUGUAUAGAUG